UAUCGUAAAACCCAGUCGGGACAGACGCCCUUUCGGAGGAUAGAGUCGGAGACCGGAGUAUCCAAUCCAAGAAGAGGUAGCAUGCUGCGGACCUGGAGUACCAGGUUGGAGAAAGUGUGAAUCCAUCGUACCCGGCGAGGUGCCACUAGGAGCAACGAUGGCUAUCCCGGUGAUCAUCGAGACCGGUUACACGAAAUUCAACCUCAGUUAUCCUGCGGUCCUAGCCAAUGCUACACCAACCAUGGUAAGUCCCAACGGAGAUGGCACCGAUGCAAACCAUCACAUCGUCCCGGGCAUACUCAUGGGCAUCCUCAUCCCGCACAUUGUUUGCACGGUUUUCAUCUUCUCGCGGAUCUGGUCCCGCCUGUUCCUCCUCCGAAAAUGGUUUCUGGACGACACUCUCAUCGUCCUGGCUUGGGUCUUUUCGACAGCCGUUUGCGUCGUCUACAGCAUUGCCUCCCAGUCUCCGCACAUCCGUGGCUCUGCCAAGCUCAGCUCGAGCAGCACCAGCAGCGUCCCAGAUACAGCCGCGGAACGAGUCUACGAAACUGACUACAACCCAAGCGCGUACUACUCCGCCCCGGACGCGCUCCGCCCUUACAUCCUCCGCACCUAUGUCGGACUGAUCCUCUACCAGCUUUGCCUCUGCCUGACCAAGCUCUCCAUCCUGGUCUUUUACCUGCGCAUCUUCCAGACGCGACCGCUCGAGAAGCGGCUGGCCUGGGCGACCGUCAUCGCAGUGCUUCUGUUUGGCUGCCCGUUGCUCUUCAUGAGCAUCUUCCAGUGCCACCCGGUGGCGGGCGAGUUUUUCGGCGUGCCCAUGAAAUGCUUCACCUUUGACCCACUGCUGGUGGCGUCGACGGCGCUGCACACGGCCACCGACGCCUGGCUGAUCCUGCUUAUCAUCCCCUGCAUCGUGCGCCUACGCGACCUGCCGCCCCGCCAAAAGGCCGCCCUCGCCGUCGUGCUCAGCCUGAGCAUCUUUGUCAUCGCUGCGAGCCUCAUCCGCCUGCAGCUCUCGCUCCGAUCUAACCACCGGCCCAGCGGCGACGGCGUGGGCGUGGCGAAUACCCUGGCGUUUUUUGUCAUGACUAUCGUCGAGCUGGACAUGGCGCUCAUCUGCGCCAGCGCGCCGACGCUGCGGCCGGUUCUGGCGAAGUUGUGGCCGAGGUUGGGAAUGGGGGAGCCGGUUUCUGCAGUUGGGGGCAGGAGGAGAAGGACAGGGAGGGG